AUGACAUCUGUCAAAGUGUAAGUCCGAAAUCCAAAGAGGGUUCCGUGGAAGGCAAACCAAAAAAACAAAAUAAUAUGAACAAAAUACAAAACUAAUGUGUAAAUAUCUGCAAAAUGGCCAAAAAAGAAGAGGGAACAUUGUCGAGUAUCCAACACUUGCUGGAUCAGGAUUAUCGUGGCGUAAAUAUAGCGGUAUACGCUCUAGCAACGGCUGGACUCGCGUACUCAAUACACAAAAUACGACCGGUUAGCAAGUUCUCAAAAGCGACCAAAAUACCGGAUCAUUUUUUAAACAAACAUGAGUUACUGCGCGGGACGUACACGGGCGUGCAGCACUCGCCGGUGCGGCUGCUGGUGGACCACCGCGCCCCCGUCUACCUGCCUUUUUGGCAUUCAAGCAAGCCUCCACUGCCAGUCAAGUUAUGGGGAGUGGACAUUGUGAGUGGGAAUGCCGUGAACUGGCUGGACUGUGUGGCCAAAGGAAAGCAAGUUACUCUAAAUCCCAUUGCACGGGACAAGGAUGACCUGGUGUCUACUGUGCUGCUACAUCUACCAGACCCAAAGAAGAAAAAAAGUGUGGAAACUUUGGAUGUGGGACAAAAACUAGUGGAGCUUGGCUUUGCUAAAGCUUCACUUCCAAGUACAUUGAAGAAGAACACUAUUGAGUCAAAACUUGGACCAGCCUUGCUCUCGGCUCAAGCAAAAGCAAAGUCCUAUCGGAAUGGCAUAUGGUCCGAUGCCUUACCCCCCAUCCCUGCUUAUGUGGUGUACUGGAGGAAAAGUUCACAAGCUGUACUUACAUUGUUAAAUUUGUCAAUCAAGAACCUUCUUAACUUGAUUAGCUUUAUAAGUGUUUAUGCUGUGGUAGGAGUCAAGAAGUUAGCCCUCAAAUCCUUCAAGAGAACAAAAUCUGCUAAACAAAUUCAAGCUUCAUGAGCGCAUUUAUUUAUUGAGAACAGAGGGAACCAAAUCACCUAAUAAACUCGAAUUAUGAUUGGUUUCUCUGAUGAAAUUAGAGCAUAUAUUUUAUUUUCUUCCACUUGUUAUUUCAUUAUGUGUAAAAGUGAAUAUUUCCUGUGUAAAUACUGUUGAAACUGUUUACAACAUUAAAAUUAUUAACUUUUUUA